GCACGGAUCCGAUUUUGGAUGACGUGGGUGAUGCCUUCAAACUUAUGGGGGUGAACCUGCACGAGCUGGAAGAUUACAUACACAACAUCGAACCUGUCACUUUUGCACAUCAAAUCCCUUCGUUUCCUGUCAGCAAGAACAAUGUCCUGCAGUUUCCCCAGCCGGGAAGUAAGGAUGCAGAGGAGAGGAAGGAGUACAUCCCUGAUUAUUUGCCACCUAUUGUCUCCUCUCAAGAAGAAGAGGAAGAGGAACAGGUGCCUACCGAUGGAGGUACAUCUGCAGAGGCCAUGCAAGUCCCACUGGAAGAAGAAGGAGAUAUGGAAGAGGAUGAGGCAAUUAAUGAUGAGAACUACUUGAGCAAGAGACCAUUAGAAAGUCCUGAUGCCGAGGAAUUCCCACCUGUGAAACGGCCUAAGCUAGCUAUUUCCAAAGGGGACACCUUGGAUGGAGCUUUGGAACCACGUGAGCCUCUUAGCUCAAUAAAUACACAAAAAGUACCACCAAUGCUUUCUCCAGUUCAUGUUCAGGACAGUACAGACUUAGCCCCUCCUUCCCCAGAGCCACCAAUGUUGGCUCCCAUUGCAAAACCGCAAGUGCCAACCCCCAAAACGUUAGAGGCAAAGCCGUUUGUGCCCAAAACAAAGUCCAAAACAAGUUCUCCAGGACAGAAGACAAAAUCACCUAAAGCUACACCCUCACCGGUGGUAACUGGAAGUCCCAUACGUUCACCAAAACCUGGAUCCAAAGAAAAAAAGUCUCCAGGUCGCGCCAAGAGCCCAAAAAGCCCUAAAAGUCCAAAGGUUCCUGCUCACAUCCCACAGCCACCUGUCAAACCUGAAACACCAAGUAGAACCCCUCUGGCUGCCUUAAGUGACAAGAUAGGAAAGGAAAACAUUCAAGUAAAGCAAGGACAGACACCACCUGAGCCUGCCCCCAAGCCAAAUAUUGACAACCAGGUGAAGAAAGCACCAGUAAUGGACAAGACCAUUGAUGAUUCCAUCGAUGCUGUGAUCGCUCGUGCGUGCGCAGAACGAGAACCAGAUCCCUUUGAGUUUUCUUCUGGUUCUGAAUCAGAAGGGGAGAUUUUUACCAGUCCUAAAAGACUUUCUAUUUCAGAGACUACAACUCCUAAACCUUCUGUUUCUGCCAAUAAUGCAAAUAAGGCAGGAACAACUCCAGUACCUGCCUCAGGUGGGACUUCAAGUUCAGACAUUUCAUGGACAAUGGAUGACUCAAUUGAUGAGGUCAUUCGUAAGGCAAACAUGGGGACACCUUCUAAUCCACCUACCAACUUCACUUACUUCUCUUCUCCUUCCGCUUCACCGCCAACUCCAGAACCUCUUCUCAAAGUCUAUGAGGAGAAAACCAAGUCAGCUUCAUCGAUAGAAGUGAAAAAGAAAUUGAAAAAGGAACUGAAAACAAAACUGAAGAAGAAAGAAAAGCAAAAAGAAAAGGAUAAAGAGAAGAACAAGGAGAAAAAUAAGGAGAAGGAAAAGAACAAGGAGAAGGAUAAAGACAAGGAAGGAAACAAGGAAGCAAAGUUUCAGUGGAAGGAACUACUCAAAGAGGAUGAUCAUGAUCCCUAUAAAUUCAAACUAAAGGACUUUGAGGAUGCUGACACAAAAGUAAAGUUGAAAGAUGGCAAUACCAAAAAAGAGAGAGAAAAACAUAAAGAUAAAAAGAAAGAGAAAGAGAAAGGCAAAAAAGACAAGGAUAAAAAAGACAAAGAGAAACUCAAAGAUAAGGGUAAGGAAGAUAAGAUAAAGGUGCCAUCAGCACCUCUUGUGUUGCCUCCCAAAGAAAUGUCCGUGCCCUUGUUCAGCACACCAUCUGCCAUGAGGCUUCCCAGCAUGUUACCUUCCUUGUCUCCAAUGCUACCUGAAAAACUGUUUGAGGACAAAGAGAAACCAAAAGAGAAGAAGAAAGACAAAAAAGAGAAGAAGAAAAAGAAAGAAAGGGAGAAGGACAAAGAAAAGGAGAAGAAGGAGAAGGAAAAGGAGAGGAAAGAAAGAGAAAAGAAAGAGAAAGAAAAGGAGAAGCACAAACACGAAAAGAUAAAGGUGGAACCAGUUGUUCCAGCUCCAUCACCGGUUAUUCCUCGGCUGACACUGAGAGUGGGUGCAGGCCAAGACAAGAU